AUGGAUUUAGAUCCAUCAAAAAGGCGUCCUCAUAAUGCUGUACCUAUCAUUGGCUCUCCUUUAUCAGAUCCAGGCUUACCAGCACUCUCAAGUUCACCACAAUCCUUCUUUAUUGAAAGAACACAGUCACUCGAUAAUGUACUUCACCAACAAGAACUUGAACUAGGUCGGUCACCUUCCAAUCUAAGCGAAAUCGAAGUGAUUUUGGAUGAUGGUACAACUCAGAAAAGAACAGUCUCUCUUUCUACACUACCUGAAUAUACUGAAGAAGAAGGUUCCGAAGAUGAUGAUGAUGAUAAUAGCAGUAAUGACAAAACACCUCUUUUAAAGUCACACAAACAUGCAUCAUACACUGUUGAAUCCGAUAGCUCAGAUGCAGACGGAAGUGACUCAGAUGAACCCUUUUUUCCUGUUCAACACACAAAACGUAAACACCAGACAACAGUCCAAGAUGAUAUGGAACAAGGAUGGUAUAGUCGUUGCCAAGCUUGGAUCAAACGUCUGAAUGAUAUAUGCACUCUGACACCCCAACAAAGAACUGUCUUAAAAUGUAGUUUUGCUUAUUGUCUGGGCUCAUUGUUUACGUUUGUGCCUGCUCUGAAUGCCUUGAUUGGCAAUAACCAUACUUCCAGUCAUUUGGUGGCUACAGCGACUGUGUUUUUUAAUCCUGCAAAGACAUUGGGUGGUAUGGUCGAAGCUGCGGCUUAUGGCUGGGGCUAUGUCUUGUUUGCUGAACUGGUGUCCUUUGCUUCCAUGCUCACGACGGAUUUCUUUGUCGAUCGUGGUCAAUUUCUGGUGGCCCAUCUGAUCUCUCUCUUGUUCUGGUUAGCUGGUUCAACCUUUAUUGUGGCUUUCCUCAAAGCCCAUUGGAACAAACCACCCGUGGCCACCGCUUCCAGUCUCUGUUUCAUCAUUAUCUUCAUCAUUGUCGUUCGUGAAGGAUCUGUAAACCGAGGUGAUUUUGAUACCACACGUAUUGAGCAAAUCACUACGGCCGUGGCCACAGGUACAUUGAUCACGGUGGCCUGUUGCGUUGUGUUCUGGCCUGUCUCUGCUGCCAAGAAACUCAAAAAAGACGUCGAUGCCACACUGACUUCGUACCGUGUGUUGCUUAAGUUACUGGUCAAGACGUUUUUGUUGGACGACGAUCUGCCUGAAUUCAAAGCGAAUCGUACGUUGCAGACAGCCAUUCAGUCGCAUCAAGCGAGUUUUACAGCGCUUCAGAAAUCGUUAAAAGAAGCCAAGUUGGAAACAUGGUGGAAUCCCGAAGUCAGAGAUCGAGGGGCAGAAUACGAUGCUGUGAUCAAGAGUAUGCAACGUCUGGCUCAACAUGUAGGUGGACUAAGAAGUAGUUGUGGCAUCCAGUUUGAAAUCAUGGGCAGUGAAGCCACGAAACAGUACAAGGAAAUGUCUCGCAACAAAAAGAAAAAGAAACAGACUCGAUCGAUAGCAACCAACGUGUUUGGCUCAAACACUCACCCACCCAGCAAACUGUCACAGUCGUUUGUGCCUGCGUCUACAUUUGAUGAAGACACAAGUUGGAAUGUAAGAGCAGGGUAUCGUCGUCGAAAACUACAGGAUGAAAUGCGUCGACAAAAGACAUUUAUGAGUCGUUCGGAUGAUCAACUGGAAGACUUUUUAAAUCAUGUACCUUCGACUUCUCAGCCUGUGGUAGAGGAACAACAGAUGCCUUUAGUGAAUUUUAUUCAAACCAUCCGACCUCCACUUAAAUCAUUCGCUUAUACCUGUAAACAGACCAUUUAUCACCUUCAGCAUCAUUUCUCUAAAAACAACUCCUCUUGGCUUCCUCGUCGUAUGCAAAGUUCAUCACGCACACGUAGUCCUUCGCUUUCUUUGCUCAAGGCCAAUUUGCAGAAAGCCAUUGCCUUGUUUGAAACAGCUCAGAAACAAGCUGUUCAAAAACUCACAGCCAAAGCCAACCCAAUCGCGCAUGCUGAAACAGAAGCCAUUGGUUCUGUGCUGGGUGAAGAAGUCAUUCUUGUGUAUUUCUUUGUGUUUAACAUGACUGAAUUUGCUCGUGAAUUGAUCACUUUGGUCGAAUCGGUCGAGAAACUGAACAGAAAGCCACAGAUGGGUAUUUUCGCUUGGCUCAUGUCAUUUCCUUCUGCUUAUCGUACCAAGAAACGAGCUUAUCAUCUUCAUGAUGUCCAUGUUGUGCCAUUUGUGCCGAAUGAACGCAAUACGAUCAAUACGUUACAUACACCCACACCCAAAACCAAAUGGCGACGCUUUUUUAUUCGUGUCUGGCGCACUUUCUCCUUAUUCAAGCUACAAAAGAUCCGAUAUGCCACCAAAGCCAUGGUUGCUGCCAUCUUGUUAGCUACACCUGCCUUUGUGAAUUAUAGUCAAGAUUGGUUCCGUACGUAUCGCAUGGAAUGGGCUUUGAUUACAUUGAUGGUGGUCAUGACGCCAACGGUAGGUGGCACGAAUCUAGUCGCAGUCUAUCGUAUUUUCUCGACUGCUUUGGGUUGUUAUGUGGCCAUGAUAUUCUAUAUGCUGUUUCCUGGGAACAUGGUCGUCCUUGCUCUGCUGACUUGGUUGUUUUCGAUCCCUAAUUUCUACUUGAUUCUGUACAACAAACACGGUAAAUUUGGACAGUUCACACUGUUGGCCUAUAAUCUGGUCAUGCUCAACAAAUACAAUGACCGUGAUACGAAUGAGAUUGAAGUCUGGGUACUAGCCAACCAACGUUGUUUUGCCAUCUUGGUCGGUGUGGUGUUUGGUUUGAUUGCCACAGCGUAUGUUUGGCCCUACGAAGCCCGUGUUGAACUCCGAAAGGGACUUUCUGAUUUCUUGUUGCGACUCGCAUGGCUAUACCAAAAACUCGUUUCCAUCUAUAUCGAUUAUCCUGUCAAGAACCGUACACAGCCUAACGGCCAACGCGAGCCUCAGCAUCGUAUUGUGAACCUAGUGCAGGUUGCACCUGAUGCUUCAGAAACACAACUGUUGACAUUUGAAUCACAACGUCAGUUAGCCACACAGUCCUUUAUGGACCUUGAGUUGGGAUUACAGCGUGCUUUGUUAGACUUGCAGGCCUUGUUGUCUCAGACACCCAAUGAGCCUCGUCUGAAGGGACCUUUUCCUGUCGAUACCUAUCGCACCAUGUUGACAUCGUGCCAAAACAUUGUAGAUCGAUUCUUAUCUAUGCGUACGGUCAUGUUAAAAGACACAUGGCAAAACCAAGUGCAGCAUGACUUUAUGAUUCCUGUAGCAAGCGAGCGUAAGGAACUGGUAGGAAAUGUGUUGUUGUAUUUUUAUUUGUUGGCUUCUGCUUUGCGUUUAAAGACACCGAUGCCGCCUUAUUUCCCGCCUGCAAGGAAGGCAUGGAAGAGUUUGUUGGAGCAAUUAUUUCAUAUGCCUAUGGAGAGGUCCAAACAAUUGGUAGAGAAAAAUGAUGUUUAUAUGUUUUAUUAUGCGUAUGUGACAUUGAUGGAAGAUAUUAUUCGAGAAUUAGAUAAAGUAAGAAGGAAAAAAAAAGAAGAAAACAAGAGUGGUAUGGAUGAACUCAUCUUUUUUUUUUUGAUAGUUGGGUGA